GACACCGCUCGCCCACUCCCACUCACCCGCGAUGACUGGAACCAUGGACGGCUUCUCGUGGAAACUUUUUCUACUUUCCUGCCUGCUUGCUAUGGAGGGCUGCGCGCAAGACUUCGGACAGACGCAGUUUAUUUGCACGUCGGUGCCCAAGGAUAUGGACUUGUGCUCGGCGACGAUGCAGAACAGCGGGCCGGCGGAGGACCUGAAGACCACGGUCAUGCAGCUGCGGGAGACCGUGCUGCAGCAGAAGGAGACCAUCAUGAACCAGAAGGAGACGAUCAGGGAGCUCACCUCCAAGUUGAGCCGCUGCGAGAGCCAGAGCCUCCCCGCGGCGGCGGGACCCGGCGGGAGGCGGCCGGGGUCGAAGAACACGAUGGGGGAUGUGUCCCGGGGAACCACGGACACCCUGGCACAGCUGGGACAGACUUUACAGACGCUCAAACAGAGACUGGAGAAUCUAGAGCAGUACAGCCGAGGGAACAACACCGUGCAAGCCAACAGCCUGAAAGACCUGCUGCAAAACAAGAUCGAUGACAUGGAGAAGCAGGUGCUGUCCCGGGUCAACACGUUAGAGGAUCCCAAGCCGGGCGCCAGGAACGACACCGACCAGCGGAACCGAGUGGAGACCACGCUCACCUCGCUGCACCACCGGAUUAACGACUUGGAGAAAGGUAAAGAGACCCGGCCAACAGAUAAGUUCCAGCUCACCUUCCCUCUGAGAACCAACUACAUGUACGCCAAAGCCAAGAGGAGCCUUCCUGAGAUGUACACGUUCAGUGUGUGUCUGUGGAUCAAGUCCAACGCCUCCCCUGGAGUGGGAACACCCUUCUCCUAUGCCGUGCCGGGCCAGGCCAACGAGCUGGUCUUAAUCGAGUGGGGGAACAACCCCAUGGAAAUUCUCAUUAAUGACAAGGUCGCGAAGCUGCCGUUCCUCAUCAACGAUGGAAAAUGGCAUCACCUCUGCAUCACGUGGACCACCCGUGAUGGGAUGUGGGAGGCCUUCCAGGAUGGAGUGAUGCGGGGCAGCGGGGAAAAUCUGGCACCAUACCACCCCAUCAAACCAGAGGGAGUGCUGGUCCUGGGACAAGAGCAGGACUCACUGGGAGGAGGCUUCGAUGCAACACAAGCCUACGUUGGAGAGCUGGCAAACUUAAAUAUCUGGAAUAGGAAACUUUCCAUUGCUGAGAUCUACAACUUGGCGACCUGCAACAGCAAAGCACCGGCUGGCAACGUCUUCUCCUGGACGGAGAGCAACAUUGAAAUAUUUGGCGGAGCGACCAAAUGGACCUUUGAGCCUUGCCGCUCCCUCAACUGAACUGCAACUUCACCGUUAAAAAAAAGGCCUCUCUGUAUUUCUGAGCUUUUGUCGUUCUUGUCUUCAUUUGAAGUUUGUUAGAGACUACUUGAGUUGUUGGUAAGCUUAAAUCUGGGAUUUCUAUCAUUCUUAAGUAUUUAUGUGCAAAACAACACUUUUCAUCUUGAGGAAAAAAAAAUCUUACUCGUCUUGGGAACCUCAGAGAAAGUAUUGGUAUCCGUUGCUCCUUUUUUUUUUUUUUUUCACUCCCCACGGACGUUCAUUAAAAAAGCACACCUAAGCUUUUGGUUUUGGCUUAUUUUGCCUUUGGACUGGCAGCUGGCAAUCUGCGCCUUAUGUUUGGACAAUUCACGAUCCAAGAGAGGAAUUACAUAACCGCCCCCACCCCUUUCCCCCUGGAGAGCGGGAGAUUAUGCUGUCCAUCCACUCCUUGUCCGUGUUUGACGCCGUGACGUGGCAUUUGAUGCGGCACCGCUCACU